AGGAGAGAGAGAGAGAGGCGAGCACACAUCGACAGAACUCUCACCCAGAUCUGCAAAAUCCCCCUUACCUACAAUCGUAUACAAAAAUUGACGAAAUUUCGCGAUUGAUUUCGCAAUAUCGGACAUAUGUAAUUCCGAUUUGGUCUUUCAUUUGUAUCAGAAUGUACAGAUUCAAACAUUUCUGGUAGAAUUUAAAAAAAAAAAAAUCGCCGGAUGGAGAGAGAGAGGUUUUUGCAAAUGAAUGGCAACGGAGGGGAAUUUUCGCACACGGGAACAGUUAGAUCAUCGUCUCCGUCGAGAUCAGUGCCGAUUUCGUCUCCGCCUCACGCCGCCAAUGGCGCCGGCGUUAAUGGUGGGGUUAAUUACAUUCUACACACCGUGUCGAAAUUCGAUACCCUCGCCGGCGUCGCCAUUAAAUACGGCGUCGAGGUGGCAGAUAUAAAGAAAUUAAAUGGUUUGGUGACGGAUCUCCAAAUUUUUGCUCUUAAGACUAUCCAAAUACCGCUGCCUGGGAGGCAUCCUCCUUCCCCCAGCUUGUGCAAUGGUCACGGCACUCCUCCACGGCCAAGCAAUUCGCAGCAGAUUGAAUCAAACCGUAGGCACUCCGAUUUAUUCGAUUCAUUUCCAUCACUGAAACUGAAAUCUUCCUCAGCACAAAAAGUAUCUCCCGCCAUGAGCACCUUGCAAGGGUAUUAUGGUCUUAAACCACCAGCAGACCAAAAAGGUGCAGCAGAAGGUUUUGAAAUGUCGUCGUACCGUAAAGGAGGAGCUCAUUAUCUAGAGGACGGCCCGUUCGUCGAAUCUUCACAUAUUUCCAACCCACCGCUGAGUCAGCACAGAAAAUCGAAGAGCGCUGCUAAUUGUUUAAUGCUGGAGAACAUCGAUCUCACCGAUAAAGAUGUUGACAAUAGUAGUGACUCGAGUAAAUGGAUUGAGAAGUUGAUGAAACAGCACCGAAAAUCCGAUGCCAUUUUUUCUUCCCCCACCCCAGAAAAGCUUCUGAAAGAAAACACCACCACUCCGAUUUCAGCCAUUACAGGUAAAGGCUUGGCUCUCAGGCCCAAGUCAGGAAACCGAACUGUAGCAGUCAAUGGUGGUGAAGCAGGAAAACCGAACCUAAUUCCUACAGGCUCGGGGGAUUCUUCUUUAGUAACAGAUAACAGUGUCAAUGGAGUAAGAAAGUCGUCUAGUACAUCGUGUUUGGAGGAUUCAGACAAUGGUGCUUCGUCAUCAAUAUGGCCCACGUCAAUGUGGGGUUUGAAGACAGAUUUUCAGGCCCUUUCUACUUCAUCCAUUACUAGACCAAUCUUUGAUGGCCUACCUAGGCCCGCGAAUCGAAGAAACAAAGCAGCACUUGAUUAGUUCUAAUCCUUCUUUACAUAUCAAUUGUUUCUUCUUCUUCUUCUUUUUUUAUUAAAUAUCCGCAGAAGCAUUCGUUAAGUGAGAAAAAAAAAACAGCAGGGGUACUACGUACACGGCGAAAUAAAAAGUUACUUUACUACGGCGAUUUGGAUAGAGUUUGUUCGUUGUAGUCUUGGCCGAAUGAUACUCACUCUCGACUUUGAGAGAGUUGAAGUUAAUGCCAAGAAGUUCACGAGGUUUGGGCGAGUGAGAAAGCAUCAUCAGGUUUUGUUUUUAAUGUUUAGAAAUAUUACUAGAGAGCAUGUACAUGCAUUAUAUCAUGGGAUGGGACCUUGAUAGGAAAUGUAUAUUAGAUUUAAGGUCUGUUCAUUUUGGUGAUGGGGAAAAAAAAUUAAAUUGGUUAUACAUGUAUUUAUAUAUAUCAAAUAUACAUUCAUUUUGCAUUUUGCUUUUACAUCAUGUUGUCAUUUUAAUAAAUGCACCUUUUUUUAUGUA